AUGAUAUCCUUAGUCACGUCUCCAUAUCCCAUCCAGAAGGGUGCUGCUCUGGAGGAGAUCUCCGACCGUAUCGACGCCUUGAACGUCAAAAAAGACCAGCUCCGGCAGCAGAAGCAGGCCGCACUGCUUGCCGACCGCCAAAAGAAGCACAUCCAGACUAACGACGUCGCCGAGAAGGACCAGUCUCAAUUCCGCGAGUACCGCGACGACGACUUCGGCGUCAAAUCCACCUAUACGGAGCAGCACACCAAGCAGACGGUGGCCUUCAACCUGGCCAAACGCGAGCAGUUCAAGAACGAGACUCGGGACGAGAUGACCAUCUGGCAGGCCAUGGAGAAGCUGAAUACCUUCAUCGACGAGAGCGACCCCGACACGAGUCUGUCCCAGAUCGAGCACCUGAUCCAGAGUGCGGAGGCCAUGCGUCGGGACGGCUGCCCCCGGUGGAUGAUCUGCACGGGCCUCAUCCACGACCUGGGGAAGCUGAUGGCUUUCUACGGCGCCGAUGGCCAGUGGGACGUCGUCGGCGACACGUUCCCCGUCGGCUGCAAGUUCAGCGACAAGAACGUGUACCCAGAGACCUUUACCGAGAACCCGGACUACCACAACCCGAAGUACAACACGGAGCUCGGCAUCUACGAGCGCGGGUGCGGCAUGGACAACGUGAUGCUGAGCUGGGGCCACGACGAGUACCUGUACCUGGUGGUCAAAGAUCAGAGCACGCUGCCUGACGAGGCGUUAGCGAUGAUUCGCUACCACAGCUUCUACCCGUGGCACAAGGAAGAGGCCUACAUGCAGUUCAUGAACGAGAAGGACUACAAGAUGUUGGCUGCCGUCAGACGGUUUAACCCGUACGAUCUGUACAGCAAGAGCGACGAGGUGCCCAGUGUUGAGGAGCUGAAGCCAUAUUACCUCGAGCUCAUCGACGAGUUCUUCCCCAAGAAGGUACUAAGAUGGUAG